GUAAAUCUUGAAUUGGCUGAAAUAGCAAGAGGUAUUCUUACCAUUCUUGUUUUGAUUUGUGGAGGUAUUGGCCCCAUGGGCCAAGGCAGCCCUCUCCUCUUGUGUUGGACCUGUUUCGUACCUCUGCCCUGGCCCAUGUUGUUCUGCCGCUAGCCCUUCUUCUGGAACCCUCUUUUAGGGCUUCCCCUAUGUGCCCGGGUACUUAAACUCCUCUACGCCUUUUGGUUGAGGCUGAGGUCUUCGGUUAGAGAGAGAGUGAGGUUAAGAGAGAUUAAGAGAGAGAGACUUCCGUCUCUUCUCUAUUCCGGUCCCUCUGUGGUAUUCUCUCUGUGCCUCCCCUUUUCUGACCUUUGGCGUGCGUUGAGAUGGCUGGGCUGGUCUGAGUGUUCUUGUCCCUUCCGGUGGUGCUUUGGUGUGUGUGCUGUAUGAGCGUGGUCUGAGCUGGAGAGGUGAAAACCUGACAGUGGUAUCAGAGCCGGAACUCCUGUCUUCCUCGCCUAACAGCCCGGGAGCUCCUCCGCCGCCAUCCGCCGCAGAUCUCUGUCUCAGUAGUAAGUCGAGAAGCCCAUCCUCGGGUUCUCGCUCAGGUAAAUUGGCGAUAAACACCCUAGGUUGCCGGGUGCCUCCGGUUUUAUGUGAUUCUUUGGUGUUUUACUUGUUUCAUCCCUUUUCCCCGCUUUGCUCUUGCUGCUGACCGUGUUGGUCUGGCUAUCAGUUUGUAACUGAUAUUCCCCAGGUGCGUUCUCUUUACCUUCGUGUGUGAAGUGGUCUGCAUGAGUGUUUUGUGUUUGCGGGAUUGAGUUGUUUGAUCUGGUAUUCUGCUUUUCUGUCGCAUUUACGUGUUUAUCUCUACUUUACUGUUUUUUGUGCCUUCUUGAUAUCCUUGUGAACUGGGUUUUUUGCCUCUGUGACUCGGCACCUGAGGUUAGGACUGACAGGUUCCCUGCCAGUCACUCAAGUGGCCCUCGGAUCUGUGUGGCCUGUCAGCCCGCAGCCGGGUACACUGGUGAACCCUAGCUCCUUGGUUCUCUGUCUCUUUGUUUGCUAUCUUUCAUUUACCUUGUCUUCUGCCACUGAUUCUUCAGUGUUAUCCUUUUUUGUGUUCCUUAUCAUGUCUGCCAAUAUGUAUGGUAUGUUACCUUUUAAUGGAAAAACCGAUUUUGACAUUUGGAAACAAAAGAUCAAAUGUGUUUUAAUCCAGCAAAAGGUUUUCAGAGCUGUAAGUGAACUUUAUUUGGAUUCUGAUGAUAGUGCUAAGAUAGCUGAAAUGAAUGAAACUGCCUGCUCUACUAUAUAUCUUAACCUAUCUGACUAUGUGCUUAGAAAGGUUGGUAUUUUGGAUUCUGCUAAAAAGUUGUGGGAUAAGUUAGAUGAUCUUUAUACUGAUACUUCUCUGCCUGGUAAACUGUUUUUGCUUGAAAAAUUCUUUCGGUUUAGGCUAGACCUAACCAAAGACAUUGAUGAAAACUUGGAUAUUUUUAAUAAGUUGAUCCAGAACAUUAAACAAUCUGGUGAUAAACAUAUUGAUGAUUAUACUGCUGUUGUGUUGCUUAAUGCUAUUCCUGAUUCAUAUAAUGAUGUUAAAUCUGCUAUUAAAUAUGGUAGAGAUGAUGUCACUCUUGAUAUUGUUGUGAAUGGUCUUAAGAGUAAGGAACUCGACCUUAAACAUAAUAGGAGUAUCUCUAGUCAACCCAAGGAUUCUGGUGAGGCUAUGUUUGUGAGGGGUAGAUCUAAGAGUAGGUCUAAGAAUCAGAAACAGGAUGCCCAAGCUAAAAAUAGUAACCCG